AGCGCUGCAGGAAGCCACGGUGCUCUCGAGCUUCGAACCUCUCCGCGCUUCCUCUCGCCUCUGGAACUCGCGCCCCUCGUCGCGCCGCGCUCCCGUUGCAACGAUGAGCCUCCUGUCCAGCCGCGCCUCCCGCCUCUCUGGCCCCUCUAGCUGCCUGUGCGCGCUGCUCGCGCUGCUGCUGCUGACGCCACCUGCGCCCCUCGCCAGCGCGGGCCCCGUCGCGGCGGUGGUGAGAGAAUUGCGUUGCGUGUGUUUAUCCACCACGGCCAUUCACCCCAAAAUGAUCGCUCGUCUGCAGGUGAUCGCCGCGGGUCCCCAGUGCUCCAAGGUGGAAGUGGUAGCUUCUCUGAAGAACGGUAAGGAAAUCUGCCUGGACCCAGAAGCCCCUUUGAUCAAGAAAGCCAUCCAGAAAAUUUUAGAGAGUGGAAACAAGGAAAACUGAUUACGAGAGAGAACCAAGCAUUGGAAAAACUACCCAGUUUUCAGCAGAGAGUUUUCUAGGGAGCGCUGGACUCAGAAGACAGUAAGGAGUGCCUGGGCGGCUUUCCUCCUGGACUCCCCUCAUCUGUCCCUGAAGCGUUCUGCUCGUCUUAUGAAGUAUUUAGCUUACAUGUCCUGCCAUUUGCUGCUUUUAUCUGCUAUGUUAUUGGAAUUGCUUGCAAUCGACUAUAUUGUGAGCCAAUAAUCACUGGUUGCUAAUCUUCCAAAAUGUCUCGAAUGGAGCCCACUGUGUGGUAUUUCUAACUAUUUCUUAUUGUGUCUCUGAAAAGGCUGUGGAUUUGCUAGGAAAAUGAUGUUUCACUAGGAUACCAAUGAGGAAGACACACUGUUAUCUUCACUUUCCUCAUGAAAUAGGAAAUACUUUUGUGUUGUUUCUUGGGGAAUAUGUUAGCAAACUUCCCCUCUUGACCCUGAGAUGCUGUAUUGCAUUAGAAAGCUGAGUGUGUCAUACAGUUAUCUGAGUAGAAUAUAUUUCCUUAUUUAGAAUUUCUAAGUAUUUAAGUCCUAUAAGGUUAAUAUAUUCUCUUCCUAUAAUUUUAGACAAUUGAUGUCUUCUUAGUAUGGCAUAAUGUCAUGAUUUACUCAUUAAACUGAUUUUAUGUGCUAUUUAUUAACUAUUUUAUUAGCAGUGCUAUAAUUAUGGUCACUAAAUAUACACCUUUUGAUAGCUGCAGAAGAUAAGAAACAAGUAAAUUUCCACACUCUAGUUUUGAUAAAAAACCAUUCUUUUAGUUUUUUUAAAGAAAAGCUCAACAGUUAUCAAUUACCCUGAAAGUUUUGAGAACAUAUUCAUUCAAACUGUUGGAAUGUAAAUUCAUCAUUUAGUAUUCUAAAACACACAAACCUGUUAAGGUUUUUGGAUGCCUAUAGUGUGUAUCUUUCAAAGGUUUUGAUCAUUUUGUUAAAUAUGCAUCAUUUGGUAUAUUAAAAUUGUACUGAUGUACUGUGUGUCUCAUUGGUUUACAAUACUAUUUUGUUCUUGAGAAAAAAUAAAAUUUCUAAAAUUUUA